AUGGAGCUGUGGAACUCCCUGCCACAGGGGGAAGAGAUGGCAGGCGACCGCAAUGUGGAUCCAGAGUAGAUUGGAGAGGAGAGAGGCUCUGCUCUGCCCUCCAUUUCAGAGGCAGCCACUCUGAGCCCGGCUUAGGCUGGGGAGGGCAGGAUAUAAAUAAACUUUUUUUAUUUAUUUUAUUAUUAUUAUUAUUAUUAUUAUUAUUAUUAUUAUUAUUAUUAAAUGCUUCCGAAUCCCAGUGGCUGGAAGCUGCAGGAGGGGAGAGUCAUGGCCGGAUCCUGCGUUUCCCGAGAGGGGCAUCUGGGCUGCCCUAUAGAUCAGGCUUCCUCCACCUUGGCCCUCCAGAUGUUUUGAGACUACAAUUCCCAUCAUCCCUGACCGCUGGUCCUGCUAGCUAGGGAUCAUGGGAGUUGUAGGCUAAAAACAUCUGGAGGUUGGGGAAUCUUGCUCUAGAUGGUCCCCUUUGGCCCCAGGACCCGCUUUUCAUGGGGUGAUGGGCAGGGGUAGGGAGAGAGGGCCUCUGAGCAUGCAGAGAGUGCUCAGAGAAGGGGAGAAGGCAGGGCAGGGCAGCUGGCAGGCAGGGGAGCAGCUGUGGCCUGCGCUGUGUGUGUGUGUGUAUUUGCGGUGCCCGCUGGAGGAGUGGCCAGCUCUGAAGUGGCACUUAUGGGGACCGGCGUCCCUCCCCACACCCUUCCUUGCUGCUGUGGGGACUUCUCCUCCCCCCUCCCUCCCUCUCUCCCUGCCAAGAGGCAGGUAUAAAAAACUCUGCAGCCUCCUCCAAGGGCAGUGCCAGGGCAGCCGCUUGGGCAGAGGGUGCCCCCUUCUCCUGCAGCAGCUGCCUGCCUGCCCGCCCUCCCUGCCCAGGGGCUGCCACCCUGGCAGCCGACAGGCGGCCUUUGGCAGGAUUUCCUGCUUCCUGAGCAGCUCCCGGGCAGGAAACCCGCCGGACCCCUCUGCCCGCCCCACGAAGGAAGCCGCAGCCGCAGGAACCUAUGGGGUGAGUGGAGGGGGCCGGUUCCCGGGUGCCCAGAGGGGAGAUUCCUGGCCGUUGGCUUCUGGAGAGAGAAGCCGCUGCUUUCAUUCGUCCGUGGUGGAGGUGCCCUUCAGGGGGUGGCAAUGGCCCCCCAGUCACAGCUGGAAGGGGUCCCAGGGGUCAUCUAGUCCAACCCCCUCGUUGUGGUUUGGCUUCCCACAUGCAGAGGGCUUUCGGGUCUUCCUUCCUUGGAGGUUUUUCGGCAGAGACUGUGUGGCCGUCAGUCAUGGAUGCUUGAGCUCAGAUCCCUGCAUUGCAGGGGGGUGGACUGGAUGACCCUGGGGGGUCCCUUCCAACUCUGCCGUUCUCUGAUUCCCACAAGAACCUUGCCAGGCGGGACAUGGAGUUGAGUCUCUUUUUGCCAAAAGAAGUGGAAGAGGUAUAAUAAUAACAAUAACAACAAUAACAAUAAUUUUAAAAAAUUAUUUAUAUCCCACGCUCCCCAGCCAAAGCCAAGCUCAGAGUGGCUAACAACAGUAAAAAUAACACAGUUAUUAUUAAUAUUAUCACUAUUAUUACUAUUAAUAUUAUCACUAUUAUCACUAUUAUUGUUAUUAUUAUUAUUACACUGUGGUUGUUCUCCUGAUGGAUAAAGGUUGAGGUGGAGGGAAUAUUUUCCAGCUCCCACAGCCUCCAACCUGCUCAGCUCAAUGUUGUGGCCUCUGGGGCUUAUUCAGGGCUGAUACAAAUGCACUCUGCACAUGCCCCGAGGCGCAAGGUUGCUUCACGGUAUGACAUCCCUCAGCUUUCAGGGCUGGAUCUGGGGGGCCUGAUCUCUUUGGACACUUCAUGUAUGCUGCUGUUAGUUUGGGUAGCCUCUGAGCCCGCGCAGAGUGCCUUUUGCUCUCCAGGGCAGAGGCAGAGUCCCCUUCCGGCUUCUGCCCCCUUUGGAUCUGCAGAGGCCGUGCAGGGCAGGGGAAGCAGCAGGAGGAGAGGUUUGUGUGCGAGGCUGGAAGAGGAAACCUGCUGCGUCCGCAAGGAGCCUCUGAGCACGUGCUGAAGGGCGGGGGGGGGGCCACUCUCGUGAUUCAUCCUCAGGAUAGUCUUACUUGCUCUGUGGAGGCGGCAGGCGGCUAUUUUUAACUGGGUCUGGGCGGGUGGCAGGCGCCUGGCGCUGGCUCUGCCCGUCCAGGCCUCUCUCUGGGGCUUUGCAGGGGCCCAGCGGGUGCUCUUUUAACGGGGGGGGGGGCAGGCUGGCAGAUGGGGGGAGUGGCAGAUUCUGGAAGGCUCCCCCCAGCAGUCAGUCACUUUCGGGGUGGCCUUGUGGGCUGAGCGACAGAGCCGGGCAACUGUGCCACCUUGUGAGCUCAGCUCUGCCCAUUGCACAGCUGGAGAACUGAGGCCACUGCUGCCAAGCCCAUCUUUGUUCUCCAAGGAGCUCAAGGGGGCAUGCGUGGGUCUUCUCCUCCCCCCCCCACUGUUUUAUCCUCCCAAUACCCCUGUGAGGAAGGCUAGGCUGAAAGAGCAGGGACUGCUCCCAGUCCCACCCACUGAGCUUCAUGGCCAAGUGAGGAUUCGAAUCCAGGUCUCUCCCAUGUUUUUAUUUAUACCCCGCCCUCUCCGGCCAAAGCCCGGCUCAGGGCGGCUAGCACCAAUAAAAUUACAAUGAAAACAUAAUAGGAAAAAAAAAACAAAGCAAUUUAAAAUACAGGUUAAUAUGCAAUUUAAAAUGCAGCCUCAUUUUAAAAUAGCUGAUAAAUCAGGACCGUAAGGGGAGGGAAACAUGAGGGUCAGACCGAGUCCAAGCCAAAGGCCUGGCAGAACAGCUCCGUCUUGCAGGCCCUGUGGAAAGAUGUCCAGUCCCGCAGGGCCCUAGUCUCUUGUGACAGAGCGUUCCACCAAGUCGGGGCCAGUGCUGAAAAGGCCCUGGCCCUAGUUGAGACCAAUCUAACCAUCUUGCGUCCUGGGACCUCCAAAGUGUUGUCAUUUGUGGACCUUAAGGUCCUCCGUGGGGCAGACCAGGAGAGGCGGUCCCAUAGGUAUGUGGGUCCUAGGCUGCAUAGUAUAAAACUGGGUCUGGGAAUCCGACUUUCACGUUGCUCACGAGAAGCAACUUUCUAGUCCUCAUUGGGGUUGCGGCCCUUGGCCCGUCCCCUCAGGGGCGGAGCUUUCAGGCCCAGCCUUGUGCCAACCACGCCCUGAGGGUAGAGGUGCCCUGUUUGGUUCAGGGCGCCCAGUUGAGAGAGGGUAUCUCUGGCCAGCCCUUUUCCUCUUGGGGCCCAGGCAGAGAGGCCAGUGUGGGGAGGAGGGUUUUAAGCCACCUGUCAUGGAAGCCUUGGCUGUGGGUCCCGCAUUGCAGGGGGUUGGGCUGGAUGACCCUCUGGGGUCCCUAUAAAGUGUAGGAUUCUUUGCUCUCGUGGCCCAGGAGUGAAUCAGGCAACUCCAUCAAAACCCAAAGCCUUCUCCAUCUCUCUCUGCUGCGGUCAGACCCCUUCCAAGCCCCCAAGAUUCACUGUCCUCCUUCAUCCCCCCCCCCCCCCCAGUUUUAAACCCCCUUUAAUGAGCAGCCCCACUUGACCCCUUACGGUCAAACAAGCAGGGAUCCGCUGAGCCCGUUUCAGUGCAUGGGGGGGCCUGAAGCGAUUUGGGGAGCAAAUGUGAAAGGAAUUGCAGGAGGGGAGAGGCAAUCCUGUCUGAGAAGAAGUCCCUGCCCCCCCCCCCCAGGGCGGAGGUGCCAAUAGAAGGAGCAGGAAGGAUGUGGCUGAACGUGAUCCCUUUGCAGAGUGACCUUCGUCCUCCUUGGAAGGUUUUGCGCUUUCUCUUUGCGCCUGUGCCUCUUUCCCUCCCGACUGCAGGCUCCCCGGCAAAAGCCAUGGAGUGCUAGAAUUGCAGAGUGGGAAGGGGUCCCCAAAGGUCCUGUAGUCCAACCCCCUGAUUAGGCCCCUGCAGGUGGCCCUCCAACCUCUGCUUAGAAACCUCCACCUCCCAGGGAGGCAGCUCCACUGCCAAACGGCUCUUGCCCUCAGAAAGUUCUUCCCACAAUUUAGUCAGAAUCUCCUUUCUUGCAACUUGAAGCCCUGAGUUCGGAUCCUGCCCUCCAGAGCAUUCGGUUCUUCCUUGGGCAGACCUGACCUGGGAGUCCUGGGUCCAGUUCUGGGAGCCACAUGAUAAGAAGGAUGCUGACCAGCUGGAAGGUGGGCAGAGGAGGGAGACCAAGAUGACCAAGGGUCUGGAAACCAAGCCUGAUGAGGAACAGUUGAAGGAGCUGGGCAUGUUUAGCUUGGAAAAGAGGAGACUGAGGGGAGACAGGAGAGCCACCUUCCCAUAUCUCAAGGGAAGGUGGAGCAAGCUGGUUUUCUGCGGCUCUAGGAAGCAGGACGCAAGCUGCCGGAUUGAGAUCUGUGAGAUGUGUUGGAAGGCAUCAUAUAAAUUCAAUAAUAACAAAUUAAAAGGCAAGAAAGGAGAUCCUGACUGCACUACUGAUCGGGAAAUCCUGCAUUUGAGAGAACUAGACACAGGUGGCUAGACGACCAUUUCCAAGAACUUUGGAACCAAUUUGGGGAAUCUCCCCUUGGACCACCCUGAAUGACCACAGGGCGUCCAUGCUAGCAAGACUGAGUGGGACCCCUUUGCCAGGCCUGCAGGGGAGAGUCCAGAAAACGCCACUCACAGAGUGGACUCGCCUUUCCUGGAGGCUUUUCAGCAGAGGCUGGAUGACCGUCUCUCAGGGAUGCUUGAGCUGAGAUUCCUGCAUUGGAGGGGGCUGGACUGGAUGACCCCUGGGGUCCCUUCCAACCCGACUGCGAUUCUAUGACACAGCUAGACUGGGUCAUGCGUGUUCUUUUGCGCUGUCCCUGGUGUGAGACCAUUCGAUCGAAGUUGGUUCAUCAGUUGGUUGUUAGUGGGGAGCGACAUCUGGACAAAGACAAGGUCCCCUUCCUGACCUAUAAGAUUCAGAUAGUGGCCACGUUUCUGCCACACGAAACGAAGUGUAUCCUAUAACGUUAUACAUUAACUUAAGCAUGAGAUUUAGGUUUUUAUUGUGGAAAACCCUACUGCAAUCUGGCAUAAAUGCCAAUAAAGGUUCAAGAGUUUGAGAUGCCAGCUCAGCCUUAGGAAGAUCUCUCAAGACAGGGAGACUUUCCUUCCCUGGAGGUUUCCAAGCAGAGGUUGUGCGGAUGCUCCAGUUGCGGUUCCUGCAUUGCAGCGGGUUGGUCUGGAUGACCCUUUGGGGUCCCUUUCAAUGCUGCAGUCCUGUAAUUCUGCCUGCUGGCUGCAGCCCCCUCUCUUGGGGUCAGGAGACUGGGGCACAGUCUGUCCUCCGGAGAACCAGGGCGAAAGGCUGCCUCUCUGCCGCGACUUUGACAGCCCCCCCGCCCCCCCCAUAAUCGCCUUAGUGGGAUCAGGCGGGCCAGUUGGGGCUCGCCCCUGGAAUGUGACUUCAGGAGGUGCGCCAGUCUGUAAUUAAACGCUGAGCGGUGCGGGGGGGGGGUGUCGGCCGCUGUGGGGUCUUUGGCCCAGCCUGGCCGGGAUCUGAUCUGCCCGGCGUCUCCCUCUGCCACAAGGGCCUUUUGUCCGGCGCUUAAAGCCCCGUGAAGUAUUUGGGUGGCGCAGGGGGGAGUGGCUCAGGAGGAGGCGAGCGCCUAGGUGCCAAGGCAGGAGAUUGGCAGCGUGGCAGAGAGGAGCCGGGAGAGAGAAGCCUCGCAGGUGCCGCUCAGAGGCUGCUGGCCUCCACCACCUUGGCACCCCAAGGUAGGCAGGGAGGGUAGGCAUGGGCGGGGGUCCUGGAGGGGGCCAGAGAGGUGCCAGGCCCAAUGGGGGGGCUGCAGGAGCAGGACUGGGUUGCAAUGGGGGCAGAGCGGUUUGGAGCAUGUGCAGAGUGCCCUUCCUCCCCCCCCCCCCCCCCGUGUGCAUUAGUGCUUAGAUUAAAGGGAGGCAGUGGGGGGUCUGCAACGGCUGCACCCCCCUGCAUGCUGGGAGAUCGACUGUCUGAGGACAGAGCUUUCCCCAGGUGCAGAAACCUAGAACUGUAGAGUUGGAAGGGACCCUGAAGGACAUCUAGUCCAGCCCUCUGGCAGACGGCCAUCUUUGUGGCAAUGUUCCUCCCCUGUCCCCCUCCCCACCUCCUGCAAGCAGCACCCUUGGAGUAAACAUUCCCUCUUGGGGAGGCAGGUCGGUCCUCUUCCAACACCCCCAACGGGUGUGGGAAAGGGACUUUGCACGUGCCCAGAGGGACUGUGUUAUCCGCUGUGGGGCAACCUCAGCCCUCAGGGGCACGUCCCAGAGGCUUAGCCCUGAUGAAUGCAGGCAGAGAGCAAGGAAGGAGGGUCACAUUCUGCAUCAGGACUCCAAAGCGAUGGAUUCAAGUUGCAGGAAAGGAAAUUCCAGCCGGAUGCCAGGGAGAUCUUUCUGACGGGAAGAAGAGCUGUUCCGCAGGGGAAGCGAUUUCCUUGGGAGUCUGUGGAGGUUUUUCAGCAGAGCUUGGCUGGCCUUCUGUCCCGGAUGCUUGAGCCGAGAUCCCUACGUUGCAGGGGGUGGGCUGGAUGACCCUCAGGGGUCCCACUCUGCAAUCCCGUGACUCCGAUCCUUCCUGCUGGGCUGGGGAAGGAGUGUGCGGCCGCCGGACUCUCCCACCCGUGAGAACCAGUCUGGCCCCCUCUUCUCAGCUCGGCUUUCCCCAGAACAAUCUGAAAUUUGUUUACCAGCCCUUAAUCCUCCCCUCCUGCUCCACACAUGGGCGGCCGGAUUAAGGAAAGGAAUCUGCUUAUUCGGAGGGGCGGGUGCAUGUGCUGGGGGGGGUUAUUCUGUGGGGGGAGCACUAGUCUUUUGAGCCCCUGCCCCAGAGAUGGGGCAGGCUGACCCUCUUCCAAAGAAAGCCCCCUCUCCAUCCCUGGGGUCUCCAUGUGGGGCUUUCGGCCUCUGCACUUGAACCGGGGUCAAGGGGUCCUGGCUCUGACCUCUGGCCUGGCCUGGGGGGAGCUUCCUCUCCCCCCCCCACGCCUGCCCCACUUCUCCAUCCCUAGCAAAUGAACACGGAUGCAGUUCCCUGCCCGGAAAGAUUAAAUCUAGAUUCUGCUCAUGGUCCUCCAGCUGCCAAUCAUCAUGUCUGGAGGGGCUUCUUCCUUUGGCCCUGGGGGCUGAUGGGAGUUGGAGUCCAGCCCUACUCUGGGGGGGGGCGGUUGCAGGGUCCCCCCUGCCCCCAUCAAGAGAAAAAGGGGCUCCUCUGUGCUUGGUUUGGGGCCGGCAUUCCUGCGCUCCUCCAGCAGAGGGUGCUGUGGAACCCUCUUCCUCUUCUGCCCCCCAACCUGCCUAUCUUGUGCAAGGGGGGCUGGGGUUGGGGGCAGGCUGUGAAAGCCUUGGGACAGGAGUCAUGGGCCCCUCAGGCUGGCAGGAUCCAGGCAGAGCCAUAGCAUCCGAGAGUUGGAGGGGACCCCCAAAGGCCCUCUAGUCCAGCCCACUGCCAAGCAAGGGAUGCUGUCUCAGCAAAAAGGUGUCGUGGCUGAGAGAGUGGGGAGGGGGGCUCUUUUUCGCACCCCUGCAUUGGAGGGGGCUUGGGGGGCUGCUUGGGCAUCCUUGGAAUCUGAAAGGGCUCGCUUGCUCGAGUCGCCUGCCGCCGCUUGCUCUGCUCUGUUCUCUGAGAAGCAGAGAUUAAGGCCUGUGGGUUAAAUCACUGAGCCUAGGGCUUGUGGAUCAGAAGGUCGGCGGUUCAAAUCCCCCCGACGGGGUGAGCUCCCGUUGUGCAGUCCCUGCUCCUGCCAACCUAGCAGUUCGAAAGCACGUCAAAACUGCAAGUAGAUAAAUAGGUACCACUCCGGCGGGAAGGUAAAUGGCGUUUCCGUGAGCUGCUGUGGUUCGCCAGGAGCGGCUUAGUCCUGCUGGCCACAUGACCCGGAGGCUGUACGCCGGCUCCCUCGGCCAAUAAAGCGAGAUGAGCGCCGCAACCCCAGAGUUGGCCACGACUGAACCUAAUGGUCAGGGUCCCUUUACCUUAUUUGGGGAGGGGGCUGCCUGGGCCUUGAGUGCCAUUCCUGCCCCACCAGCCAGGGAGCCUCACAAAGGAGGCAGGCAGAGAAGCCCACAAUGCCGUGGGGCCUGCCAGCUGGGAGGUGGGAUCUGGAACCAGGAGCAUAGCCUUGUAGACUCGGAAGGGACCCCGAGGGUCAUCCAGCCCAACCCCAGUGAGGCAGGAAUUGCCAGACCUGGCAUGGGGGGCUGGAUGGUUUGUGGGGUGCUGUGAGAACCUGGUGCCCCUGUGGGUCCUGCCUGGAAUGUGUGUGUGUCCCCCUCCCUGCAGGGCGAGCCAGAGUUCGGCCCUGUGGGUGACAGCAGGCUGAGUGAGCGUCCCUUGUGAGGGACAGUCACCGCUCAGCUGGCGUCACGAGGCGCAGGGGGAGCCAUAAGAGGCGGCGGAAGCUGCUGUCCCUCACUGGGCAGCUGGAGGCAGGGGCAGCUGGUCGCUGGGGGAGCGACGGAGGUGAGCAAAGGGGGGGAGCCCAGCCCCACGAUGGUGGGGGGCAAAGGGGGGGCUCAAUCGUCAGAGGUGGGGGGUCUGGACAGGCCCUCGGGGGUGGAGGCAAAAACUCUCUGGCUUCCAGAAAGGACGCUGCACCCAGCAGCCUGAGCGAAAGGCCCUCUGCACGUUCACAGAGGCCGCUUUGCCCACCUUUCCUGGAGGUUUUGAAGCAGAGGUGGGAUGGCGCUCUGUUACACUUUUGUCACACUUUUGCUGUGAUUGCUGCAUUUCAGGGGAUGGGGUUGGUCUGGAUGACCUCUUGGGGUCCCAAGCCUUCAAUUCUUUCAUGCGAUGACUCUCCUCCGUCAGGGGCGACUCCUGCAUUGUGGGGGGCUGGGCUAGAUGACCGCCUGGGGUCCCCCCAACGCCACGUUCCCCUUUGAAGGCUCCCAGUGCCCUCCCCCCACUCCCCCCAGAUGCCCCGAGACCCCCUGCCACCCUCCCUGCUCUGGGGCACAGGGACUCAGGCUGGGCAACCCCAGAGCUCUCUUGAGUCACGAGUGCGAUUCAUGUCAAGAAAGCAGGCGGCGGGGGGAGCUGAGCCUGGGCCGGAUCAGACCAGCCGCACCGGCUGCCUGGGGGGACCCCCUCCCCCUCUGUGCCUGGCGUUGCUCUUGGCACCCGCUGCCGCGGGGGAGUCCCAGGCCAAGACAAGCGUGGCCUCUGCCUCACCCGCCCGGCCCAGCGGGAAGACCGCACUCCUCCUCCUCCUCCUCCUCCUCGUUGGGAUGCAGGAAUCUUCCCGGGGUCAGGACACUGCAGCAGCUGCGAGGAGGAAGAAGGCUUUCCCAGAGGAAGAGGCUGCCGGCCUUUGCAGGAAGGGGCCUCUAGGGGUCAUCCAGACCAACAGGCAGCGAGGUUGAAGGUGGAACUCUUCGUAGAUGUGCAGCUUGGGAAGCGAUGGUGGGAGACACCCCCACCCUGAGACGGGGGCUGCAGAAGGAGGGGGUCCUGAGCAGGAGGGGGGGUGUUUGUGGGGGGACGGGAAAUUCCCAGGGGUCUCUUUCCACCUGGGCUCCUAACAUGCCCUUGGCGAACAGGGAUUCCCUGGCUGAACCCAGGAAGCAGAGCAUAAGGAGAAAGCUGCAGGAUCAGGCCAAAGGUGGCCCAUCGGGGGCAGCGUCCGAAUGCCCCAUUGCACCUCAGAGUCCAGAUAGACUGCCUCUGGGCCUGAAGGUUCUGUAAGGACGUCCACAGAGCCUGGCUGCUGGAGGAAGGCAAAGGGAGGAAGCAGGUGCCCCCAGGGGAAACCCACAAGCAGGAUUCGAACUCCUCCCUUGGUUUCCAGCAGAGCCUUGCUGCCUCUGGCUGGGGAGGGAGGAGCCCAGCCAUCGCCCUCUCCUCCUCCACGGAUUUGCUCAGUCCUCUGUUCAUGGUGUCCAGGCCUGCCUCUUGUGGCAGGGAGUUCCACAGUCUAGCUCUGCCCUGCAAUAGGGUUCCUAGAUCCCCAAAAGUGAAAAUCUGGACAAACUUGUCCAGAGCUGUUUUUUCCCACCAGUAACAUCUCCCCAAAAAUAUUAAGGUUGGGGGCUUUGUUGAGAUUUACCACCCUUGCCAUAUGUCUGGGUGUUCCUGGACAUUUUACUGAUUUGGCAAAAAAACUGCCCGGACGCCAUUCUGCUGCCCGAACCCUGGUCAUUUCCCGGAAAAUCCAGCCUCCCUACAAGAAUAAGUCCUGCCUUUGAUCCCUUGGGAAUCUUCCGACAUUCAGUUUUGUCCACGAAUUCCAGUGCUGAGAGCGAGGGGGGGCCCCACACUUUCCUCUCGCCCCCAAAGCCCCCAGUGCCUCCUCCCUGGUCCUCUUCCAGGGGUGCCCCCGCCUCUCCCCCUGGCCUCCCUGCUCAGGUGCCUCCUCCUCGGCAGGGACCCCCGGGGGUCAUCCAGCCCCACCCCUCCCCUGCAAUGCAGGAAUCGCACCCGCAGCAUCCCUGGCAGGGGGCCAGCCAAGCUCUGAUUCCAAUCCUCUCCCCCCCCACCUCCCUCCCUCCCGCUGCCCAAUUCCUCCUCCGAUUUCCUCGUUCUUUAUUUCAUGAGACAUGGGAUCCCGACUUUGCCCGCUGGGCACCGGAAAGAGCUCUUUCCUGCCCCGCUGGCGCUGCCAGAGCCCGCCUGGCAGGGGCGCCGAUCAGGGACCCCCUCUGGAGGGGAAAGGGGGCAUCUGCCUUGCCCAAAGUCCCUCCCUCCCCAUUCUGUGGAUGGUUCUUGCCGGGGGGGCAUCUUCCAAGCCCCCAGAGGUGCCAUUUGCCCUGUGGGCAGCCAGGCGGGCAGAAGGCCCCUCAUCUGGGUCGGAGUCGGGGAUUCAUCCCCACCUUGGGCAAAAGAUUCCCGCCUUGCCGGGGGUUGGGCUAGAGGACCUUGGGGGGUCCCUGAUUCCGUGAUAAUUGGCCUUUUCUCUCUCUCUGCAGGUUAUGGUGCCCUCACUCUGCCCUCUGAGUGCCAGGGAGAAAGAGAAAGGCUAG